AUGCGUGAUCGAUUUGUGGAUAACGCCCCAUAUUCUGAGCAUUGGCGUCUGUAUAACGCGUGUGCAGAAAAUAGGGCGGUGGUCGUCCCGAUGGACUCGGCCACAACGGUGAAGAAAAGAACUGCUAGACAAGCGGGCUUGGAAUCACCUUCGCAAAUCGGGGUCGCUGGCAAGCGAGUCCACGAAGCUGAAACUGGAACUGAUCGGAUUAACGCGGUGAUUGAAACGAACACAACUCCGCUAGAGGAUAUUGACUUGAGUCCAGAGACCCCAGAAGGGCUUGCAGAGUUGCCUAGUACUGUAGAGAUAAUGGAAUUGACGGAAGACGGGUCUAGAUCCAGAGGGACUGCGAACGACGCUGAUGGCGGGGUUUCCAUCAGCGAUCCACUACGAAAUCGCCCAAGCUCAAGUCAGGAAAGCAGAAAUGUCCCGGAGCAAGUAGACCCGGAUGGGGAACUUGUAUGGGAGAGUCUAUACGGAGCACAGUUGAGGGGAGCGAUGCGCACAACUGACAGGCCGAGGUUGCCAAAACUUACGAAAUUCUCUGCAGCCGAACAGGCUGUGGAUUAAAUCGAAGGUUGAGAAAGGCUCGGCUGGAGUGCGUUAGCUACGGCAUUGAACAGCAAUGGCUCCGUGCCAGCGCAGUUCUAUAUGCCACGAUCAAGACUGUAGCGGCUUGUCGUCCGUACAACAAGGCCCGCGAAGCUCACAAGGUAUGGCUCGAGAACAAACGUGCUGAAGAAAAGAGAGUACGAAGGAUUAUUGGGCGAAUUGAGACUGUACGCACCAUGCCGAAAGGCAAACGAACUGACAAGCAGAUCCGCCUUGCGCGGAAGAAUUAA